AUGCUGAGGGUUCACUACUCUCGAGCACUUCGUCGUGCCGCAGUGGCAAGACCGAGGCCAACGAUUGGAUGGGAACAAUUCAGCAUUGGCGAUGUGGUCUACUUCUUCAGAGAGCAGAAGGCAAUCCCCAAGAAGCUGAAGCUGAUCCAGCGUCGACGACUUGCACUACGUCGAUGGCAUGGACCUGGAGUUCUUCUGGCUCUGCAAGGUGGAAACGUCCCCUAUGUUGCUUUUCGAGGCCACAUCACAAAGGUUGCAAUGGAGCACAUGCGACAUGCAAGUGCCUUGGAACGCUUGACUGCUGGAGAUUGGGAAGAAGUCCUGAACGAGGUGAUUGCGGCCAAUGAAAAUGUGGCUCAACCACCAGCUCUUCAAGAUGGCGCACCAUUGGAAACAGUGCCUGAGUUGGAUGAUGUGGAACGUGGAGAUGAUGGUCAACCACGUCCUGAUCAAGGAGAUGAUGCCUACUCCUUCAGCUAUGGCUGGUGCCCCUGGAUCAACAUUUACAACCAACUUGGAAUCUGGAAGAACAUCAAUGGCUUCAACGCCUAUGUCAAUGCUUGGUGCCCCUUGCUCAACUUUCUCACGAGAUUGGAUCGAGCUGGAGCUGCAGUUCGUUGUGCUCUUUCUGAAGGAGCUCAAGAUGAUCGCCCUGGAACAAGAAGGAGGACCCUGGAACCUCUGAUCUUGGGUGACCGCACAAUUGACGUGCUGGCUUCAGAACUCUGCCGAGUUCAUCCCCUGGUCAAAGCCGUGAAUUGGUCACAGCAAGACAUCGCUGAUGGAAAUCUCAUCGAGCCCGACCAUGGCAGCUGGGAUGGAAGAUGGACUAGACCGAGCAGAUGGGAAUUUGAAGCUAUGGAAGCUACUGGUUCAUGCUGGCCCAGUGGAAAUGGAGAACACGAGGCCCUGACAACUGCCGCUCAAGGAAAAGAUCUUCGCUGGAGCGAGAUGGACGAGGGCACCCGUGACAAAUUCCAAACUUCCGCUGUGGAUCAGUGGAACAAGUUCGUGGAGAACAAAGCUGUGAAAGUGCUGACCCUGGAGGAGUCAAAAGCUGUGAUGCAAGAGCUCAAGAUGAAGGGAGAAGAGCAACGUGUGCUGACGCCUCCCUUCGUCAUGGUGGACAAGAACGCUCCGCUCAGCACGAAGGAGAAGCCGCUGCCUCUUCGAGCCAAUUCUCGGCUCAUUGUCCCUGGAUUCAAAGGCAUCGAGAAUCUGCAGGGUGGCCUUCGAAUAGAUGCUCCGACUGCCUCAAGGAUCAGUCAACACUUGGUGGCAUGCAUGGCUGCACAGCACCCAAACUGGUGUUUGCAGAGCGCUGAUGUUCGUGCUGCUUUCCUGAAAGGAGAUCCCUACGUGGAGCGGGAGAUCUACAUGGGACCGGCAGAUCCACGCCGUGGUCCUGCGAUUCCCAUUGGCCCUGGAUGUGUGGCCAAGGUGUUGAAGGGUAUCUUUGGCUUGGCCGAUGCUCCGAGAGCUUGGUAUUUGCGCUUGGCCAGAAAGCUCAGUGAGGAUGGAUGGUGCAGAAGCUCCUUGGACCUCUCUCUAUGA